UACUUCUAGGCUGCAGCACCAGCCUCAAAGGCACUAUGGAGUUGCCUCUCCAGUUUGUUUGGCUUCUCCUCAGGAUAUAGAUUGCAUUUAUACUCAGAAGCUGGUUGAAGCAAUGAAAGCAUUUGGGGUAUUUGAAGAUGAGGAAGAACUGAAUCACAGGCUAGUUGUUCUUGGUAAACUGAACAACUUGGUCAAAGAAUGGAUUUCAGAACUUGGUGAGAGCAAGAAUCUUCCCCCUUCAGCAGUAGCAAAUGUUGGUGGCAAAAUAUUUACAUUUGGUUCUUACAGGCUUGGAGUACACACUAAAGGUGCUGACAUCGAUGCUGUUUGUGUUGCCCCUAGGCAUGUGGAAAGAUCGGAUUUUUUUCAGUCAUUCUUUGAAAAACUAAAACAUCAGGAGAAAAUAAAAAAUCUAAGAGCAGUUGAAGAUGCGUAUGUACCAGUUGUCAAGUUUGAGUUUGAUGGCAUUGAGAUUGAUCUUGUGUUUGCAAGACUGUCUAUGCAAACUAUUUCUGAUAAUCUUGAUCUCAGAGAUGACUCACGUCUGAGAAGCCUGGAUAUAAGAUGUAUACGAAGCCUAAAUGGCUGCAGAGUUACUGAUGAAAUACUACAUCUAGUGCCAAAUAAAGACACUUUUCGGCUCACGCUCUGUGCAAUUAAACUGUGGGCAAAACGACGUGGCAUUUACUCCAACAUGCUGGGAUUUCUUGGUGGGGUUUCCUGGGCAAUGCUAGUAGCAAGAACGUGUCAACUCUAUCCAAAUGCUUCAGCUUCUACUCUUGUUAACAAGUUCUUCUUGGUUUUUUCAAAAUGGGAAUGGCCAAAGCCUGUAAUGCUGAAACCACCUGAAGAGAGCGAUCUUAAUUUACCAGUAUGGGACCCUAGGGUGAACCCAUCAGACCGACAUCAUGUAAUGCCUAUCAUCACCCCAGCCUACCCACAGCAGAACUCUACAUACAACGUAUCUACAUCAACGCGAGCAGUAAUGGUAGAGGAGUUCAAACAUGGUCUUGCAGUUACAAAUGAUAUUCUCCAAGGAAAAUCAGACUGGUCAAAGCUCUUUGAACCACUGAACUUCUUUCAGAAGUACAAACAUUAUAUUGUGCUGACUGCUAGUGCCUCUACUGAAGAGCAUCAUCUAGAGUGGAUUGGCCUUGUUGAAUCUAAAAUUCGUGUGCUGGUUGGAAACUUGGAGAGGAAUGAAUUUAUAACCAUUGCACACGUAAAGCCACAGUCUUUCCCUGGCAACAAAGACCUCAAACAGAGUGGAUAUGUGUCAAUGUGGUUUCUUGGCAUCGUAUUUAGGAAAGUGGAAAAUACAGAAAGUAUUCACAUUGAUUUAACGUAUGUUAUACAGUCAUUCACAGAUACAGUUUACAGGCAGGCUAACAACCUCAAGGUGCUAAAGGAAGGUAUGAAGAUCGAGGCAGCUCACGUGAAAAAAAAGCAUCUUCGCUAUUUUUUGCCUGCAGAAAUCUUACAGAAAAGAAAGAAGCAAAGCAUGGUAGAUACUAGUCAAAAUGCUAGUGGGCUUCAGUGCAAAAGGACUUCGGCAGAUGGAAGCUGUUUGGACAGUUCCAGAGACAAAAACUCCAGAAUGCCAUAUAAUUCCUCUUUGUUAAAUAAGAUCUCAAAAUUGGAUACCUCUGCAGCAGAAAUAGAAAGAAAUGCUGUAUGUCAGAGACCUAAUGGUGCUAACAAUAGAGAGAAGAUGCCUCAUGUAGCUGCGCCAUCAAUGUCUAAGGGACUCUCUGUUCCUAUUAUUGAUUCAAAAAUGGAGGCUAGAGUUGCAAUAAGAACAUUGGGACCUUCAGCUGGUUGCACCGUUCCAGGACAUAAUACAAUAUCUCAACUCAGACCACGUUUUGUCCAAGGACAGCAUGAAUUAAGUGGAACUCCAGUUACCGAUCCUAAGAAUGCUGCACCUAAAAGACCUUAUUCACUAUCUCCCAAAGGACAUCAUUCACCUACAUCAGAACGAUCCCCCAAAAAAACAGUUGAUGAAGAAAAAUUAACCAUCCAAGAUUCAGCAUUCAAAGAUGGUGGCAAUCCAGAUGUCAGAAGAAGAGCUGUGGCAAACGGUGUCUUUGGAGGAAAAUCCAUGCUGAUUCCUGUUAUCAACACAAGACCACAGAGGCUUGCCAGUAAUGAACUACCAGAUUCUUCAUCUCCUGUUCCAACAAAUAGUAUUCGUAUUAUUAAAAGAUCCAUCAAGCUUACCCUUAAUGG